AUGUUUGAUGCCAAGCCUUGUUCCACUCCUUCCUCAACCAUUAAGCUUGACACAACCUUUGGUGACCUUAUUCAAGAUCCCACCCCCUAUCGUUCCCUUGUAGGGGCUCUACAAUAUCUUACAUGGACUCGCCCUAACAUUGCAUUCUCAGUGAAUCAAGUCUGCCAACAUAUGCAUCAGCCAAGAACUCAUCACCUCACUGCCGCCAAAUGCAUCUUGCGAUAUCUUAAAGUAACCUUCUCUCUUGGAGUGCAAAGAAACAAACCUCCAUUGCACGCUCCUCUACCGAAAGUGAGUAUCAUGCCCUCUCUCACACAACUGCUGAAAUCACAUGGUUAUGUUCUUUGCUCAAGGAUCUUCACUUCUUCCUCCUCAAACCUCCUCUCUUUCUUUGCAACAAUCUCAUUCCCCCUCUUCCUCAGCCAACCCCCUCAAAACCCAGAUCCUAACCCAACCCGUAACCCACCCCCCCAUCUCCCAACCUGCAGAACCCAGAACCCACCCGUAACCCCAUCCUCUCAAGCUCUCCUCCUCCGUUGCCGCUGUAACAGUGGUGACGCCUUUGGAGCUAGAAUGAACGCCACCAUAGUAGCCAGCUACGCCACGUCGUUGGUUGAUGUGGCCAAAUCCAACAACACCUUCAAAAUGACCGCCGCCGAUAUGGAGAAGAUCAAGAAGUUCUUCACUAGCCGUUAG